GCAUGUAGUUGCCUCCCCUGACAGGAAAUGACCCAGAUUUAAUGCGUUCGAGUAGAAGCCACAGAACUCGUGUAGAAGAAGCACGCAAGCAAGAAAAUCAAAAAGUUGCAGUUUUUGAUUUGAAGAGAAUCGAAGAAAGUAGAUCAACAGCUUUCUGUUGGAUUUGACAAUUAUAAAAAAUUCAGCAGCAAACGGCAAACACAUUAUUGUGUCAAUUACCGUAUUAACGCUACACAAAGAAGUGGGUGAACGGACGCAAUGUCGAAGUAUGGACAGUGGUUCCAAGAUUCUGAUUAUGAAUCUGGUUAUGGUAAUAAAUCCUCAGGGAAAAGAAAACGAGAUGAUUUUAUGAUAGGUGGUGGCUCAUUUGGAUAUGGUAACAAUUCGUCAGGGUAUGGAAGCACAACUGGAUCAGGAUAUGGGUCCACCUCUGGAUCAGGAUAUGGCAGCACAUCGGGUUCAGGCUAUGGUGCCACGUCGGGUUCAGGCUAUGGUUCCAACUCAGGCUCUGGGUAUGGCAGUGGGGCUGGUUCCAGAUACGGUGGUAAUUUUGGCAAUUCCAGUGCAGGAUCCAGCUUUGGAACGGGAUCUGGAUAUGGUGGAGGGGGAUCAAUGGAUAGAUACGGAACUUCAGAUAAAUUUGAUAGCUUCCUGUCAACACAGAAUCUGCAGAUGAACGAAAUGUCCAAAAAGCUCCGCAAAAUGGAAAUGAUGCAGCAGAUAGCUGAGCUAGAGGCUGAAGGAGAUGAAGAAGAAGCACUCCUUAGACAACGAUUGGAGAAUUUGCGACAACAGAAACGCAUGAGGGGAAUGUCAGAUUAUGGCGAUGGAGGCUAUGGUGGUGGCUAUGGAGGCGGUGGAAUGGGAGGUGGCGGUGGCUAUGGAAGAAGAUCCUUGCUAGAUUUACCAACAGGAGGUAGGAUGGGCAGAAUGGGUUCUGGACAACGAUGGGGGGCAGGAAGAAUGGAAUAUGAAGGUCGUAGGGGCGGUUCACGUGAUGGACGAGGCAGACGUGAAGGCCGUCAGAGAACAAGACGUGGAUUAAACAAUCGUAAGAAGAAUGCGGAAGAUAAUCCAACUCAUAGAACAAAACAUAAUGCUCCCAGAACUGCCAUUAAAGCAAUUAAUACCAAAGGCAGAGACCAGAGAAUAAAAAAAUUGAUGGAAAAAAUGAAAACAUUCAAAGAUAAAUCUGAUGAAACUGCUACCCUACAUAGCUGUAUCAAAGUUUGUGGUCUUAAUAUUGAUGUCUUUUACUAUCAAAAGUUUGGCUGUAUUUACUUGGAUGGUAUAUUAUUUGGACGAGGACUUGCCAAGCCUUACAAACAGCUCGCAUACAAAGAUACCAUUUAUAAGCUACGAAAUCUAACCCUUGAAGAAGUUUAUGAGAAAGCCAAGGAAAUGGGAAAACUAGCUCACAUGCCUACUGAAAAAGAAACUGCAAGGAAGCCAUCAGAGGAUCCAAGUCUUCUUGUUUGUCCUUUGGAAUUCUCUGAGCUACCAUUUUUGAAGAGAUUAGAACUUUUAGCUGAACAGAUCAAGAAGUCAGACCAUAUAAUGGUUUGCUUGAAGAUUUACUGCACCAAGUAUUUCAUCAACAUGAUGUGUGUUUACCAUUUUCAUCCCGAGGAAGCAGUUGAUAAGCAUGAGUAUAGAAUGUAUGCCAAUGAUGUUUUCCUGACAUCAACACAGGGUCGUUUGAGAAAGAGAGUGGAACACCAGGCCAUGAAAAGUGUCCAGGAACUGUUCCAAAACAAGACUCUUGAAGAAAUUAUGGAGAAUGAUGGACAAUUCACUAAAGAUUAUAAUGGUGGUUUCCCUGAUUAUGUGAGUUAUCGUGGAUGUGGUAGUCAAGUGGAAAGCAACGCCUUCCAGUUACGGUUCCAUCAGAAUAUUGAAGACUUGGACAGCAUUGUAGACAGAAAACCAGAAGAGAUCAUACUGAUGGAGAAGAACUUGUGGCGUGGAUCUAAGUUCCGAAUUCUGGAAGAAAGCGCGUCCUAUUGUCAUUUGUUAAUCAAAUGGAUUUGGGAUGUAGAGAGCAAUCCUGAAGUGGUGGAAAGCAUGGAAACCGAAGAAGAGAAGAAAGAAAGUAAUGGAAAUGAUGACGAGAAAAAGAAUGAAGACAAGACUGAUAAGGGUGCUAAUUUUGAACCUUUUGAUCCUGUUAAGAAACGUAAAGAAGUUAUAGAGCAAGCAAAAACAAAAAAGUGUAACGUAAUUAACUGUAAAGUAUUGUUACAAGGUAGAGAAAUUGGUUAUGGAUCUGGUACAACUAGAAAUCAAGCCACCAGAAUGGCAUCUGCUGCGGCUAUAAAAGAAUUGAGUUUGACACAAACUAUGCUUCACCAUACUGAUCAAGAUACCUCGUCCUUCAAUAAAGUCUACAAGUUUGUUGAAUUGAAGGCUCGAGCUGAGGCACUAAAAGUUAAACAACCAGAGGCUCCAGUAUUUGAAGCUAUCACCAAUGCUCAGCUAUUUGAUGGAGAUGAGGUGAUGGACCAGAAUGCUGAAGAAGAUUUUAAUACUGAUAUCAAGGAGGAUACCAAGAAAGAAGAAGGUGAACCAGAAGAUGAAUUGGCACCAUGGUUAAAGGAAGUUGUCCGUCAAGAUAUGGAAGAACUCUCACAAGUCGACGAAAUGAUCGAAGGAGCCUUGACAUAUUUGGAAACACCCAAAUAUAUUCGAGAUUUAGCUGGUCACUUCUGUCAGAAAUAUAACCUAGAGCACAAGAGUAAAUUCCAGAAUCAAAAGCUCAUCUCUCUGAAUAUCCACAAAAUCACUCCAAAUAUUGAGAAAUUGGUCGAACGAUUGAUGACCAGCACCGACCACAAAGCCUAUGGUUAUACAUUACAGCAGAUCAAGAAGGAAGAUGGUACCAUUGAAGUUGUCAAUAAAUUGAACAACCUUCGUAAAUCUAGACGUCGUUAAGAGAUUGUCUAUAUAGUGCUAAGAAUGGUCUACCUUUUAGAGGAAUAACGGCUGUAACAUCAUUUUUUUUUUUAAUAUAGACAUGAAAAUUGACAAUAUAUACAUACUGGGUUUUGUCGUUUGUAUUUGUAAAUUAGUGUUUUAAUUUUGUUUUUCACUAACCGAAAAUAGAAAUCGAAGAUGGUAUAUUGUAAAGUCUUAUCUUGAGAAUUACUUUUCUAUAAACUUAAGACAAACUGGAAUUAAAACAGUAGUUUUGAAAUUUUUUAGAAAUUUAUUUGCCAGUAGGUAAUAUGUAAUAAUGAUGGUGAUUAUGUUUUUGUUCUGUGCUAUUGUUGUUAUGUAGACUUGAAGAUGUAAUGUGCUUUUAUGUUUUCGUGUAUCGUGCUGUAUAUAGCUAACUUCAUCAAAAUCUUCUCAGUGAUGGUGAAGGGGUAUAGGCUUGUUACUUAAUUUGAAAUGGACUUUUGUAGGAAAAUUAUUUCUGCUUGAUUAUUGAAACUUAAUUUCAUCUGAAAAUAUGUAUUUGAAUUAAAUUAUAUAGGCCCAGGUUGAGAAAUUAGCUGAUAAUAACCCAUGUAUUCACAAAGACAUGGGUAAGCUAACAGUAGUGUCUGUUUCUGGUUCAAACAUACGCCUACUAAAAUAUGAAUGGCCUAGAGCUUGUGAACACUUUUGUGUGCUAUAUCACCCUGGGUUGAAAGUGGACUUUAACUAUCUCUAGUUGUCGCCAUCAUGGCAACGAUUUUGACCAUAGUACAUUGAGAAUUGGGAGUUGGUGAUAAUUAAAGAAUUUGGUCUAUCAAAAAGUAUUUGAACAGAAGUGAAAAUAAUAUCCCCACCAUCACUGAGAUUAAUGUCAUUGUAUAUAAUUAAUCAUUGUAACAUUUUUAUUCAAAAUUCUAUUAAUUAUAGCAGUUGUCAUGUUUUAGUUUAUAGAAUAACGCUGAAUAAGUUCAGAAAAAAACAAGAGAUUCAAACUUUAAAAGCACUGCCAGGACUUUCAAUGAGAUCCUCAUUCAGUUUACAUUGCAAAGCACAACCAAACAGUAUCUGUUAAUAAUAUCAACACAGAACAAGACAAACCUGUGUCAGACAAAAUGACAGACAGCAUUGAGAUUGUCCAUGUACAUGACAAGCCUGAAAUUGUUCUGACAAUUUGUGACAAUUGCCUGAUUUCCAGGCUUCAGUUCUGGUUCUCCGGACGGCAGGCAAUACAAUUAGAUAAAUGAUGGUGCUGUAUGCUCUUCAAUUGAUGUUAGCUCAAUUCAUGCUUUAUUCAAGUAGUACUUUACAUUUUAGAUUUAAUAAUUUUAAAUUGCUAAAGAAUGACUUCAGCUAAAAUUAAAGUAGUGCACCUGUUGCUUCAUUUUGAAUUUUGUGUGAAGAAAAACUAAGAAAGAUUUAUGUGAACAAUUAUCAGCUCUUUUAUAUUGAAAAUAUGAGAACUUAAAAUUCGAUCUUGUCAUUGUAGUAUUUUUAAUUGCCUUGUUUUUUUCAUCAGAAAUAAAUUUAUCAAAUUUUAUUUGACUAUUGUUUCACAGUCUCAUCCUUAAAUGUAAUGAAAAUAAAGUUUCAACUCAACAAAA